CUACCGUCGAGCCAGCUAGCCCGCCCGCCCGCACGUCGACCUCCUGUCCAUACGCGCGGCGUCCCACCAGCCCCGUCUUGACGCCGUUGGCUUGCGCGCGCCGUUCGCAGACCGUCCGUCCGCCACCGUCAUCCCGCGCCCCCGCCGUCGUUCCCCGGCGCUCCGAACGGCCAGCCUCAGCAGCACCGGCAGCAGCGCGACCACCACCACCACCGUCACCACCGGCGGCGUUGUCGCGCUAUAAGCUGUCGGCACGCAGUGUCCCUCUGGCCGCCGUCGUCCGUGUUCGCGUCGCCCGUUGCUCGUCGCUCCGUCCUCGUGUCCGACCGUCGUUGCGCGUGUCGUGGUCGUGGUCGUGGUCGCGGCCACCGUCUUCUUCCUAGUCGGAGACGGAUUUGGGUUCCCGCCGCCGUGUGUGCAGUACCAUCGUCGUUCUCGGUCGCAGCCGACAUGUGCUACUGUCGCCGUGGGUGGUGCCGGUCCCGCACGAGUCUGCCGCCACUGACCACCACUGCCGCUGACUGCUGCGACACCGACAUCCAGUCGCGUCGUUGUCGGUCCGUUAUCGCCAAGUCGCUGUGCUGUUGAACUGUUCGACUAGUCGUCAACCCCCUCGCGUCCCCCAUCCGUGAUUGCCACGACGGACGAUCUGAACAACGCACCGGACAACCGGAACACGGUUCGUACACGGUCGUCAGAACCUGAACCGCCCCACGUACGACGCUUGAUGGUGGACUGACGUCGAUGCGCUGUGACGGAUCUGGCGGAACGAGCAGCAGCUGCAGCUGGCCACCAUCCGGCGGUGGUUCGCGCUGAUGUCCGGCCGCAGCAGAUGGGAUGGAGCCGGUGGCCGCGGGAUAGAGUCCGAGGAGGAGGAGGCCGGCGUGGGCCUCAUGUCCGGCGUGCACGUGGCCGCCGUGCGCCGGGACAACGACGACGAUGAUGCGCUGCAAGAGUCGUCGUUCGCCUACGGCCUCGGCGGCGGCGGACCAUGUCCGGCCGGGCCCUCAUCGUCCGCGGCUGCGCGCUGCUCUAACAACCGCGCGUCCGACGCCAAGCAAGCGCUCGUCUGGAACCAACCGGAACUGGACGAGCUGACGGCCGCCGACAACCACAACGGGUACAGCCACCGGCCCGUGCCGGACAAAGCAUGGAUUGGCUCCCGGCACAUCGUAACGUUCAUGUUGUUCCUCGGCAUGGCCAACGCUUAUAUAAUGAGGACCAACAUGUCCGUGGCCAUAGUGGCCAUGGUGAACCAAACAGCUCUGGAAAGGGAUCCGACCAUUCCAGACGACGAAUGCGACGGCUACUACACGUUGUCCACGAACACAACAACGCACAGCAUAUCCAACGAAGGAUCGUUCUUGUGGAGCACGUCUCAGCAAGGCUACGUGCUCAGUUCGUUCUUCUACGGCUACGUCAUCACGCAGAUACCAUUCGGGAUACUAUCGAAGAAGUACGGCGCCAAGUAUUUCCUCGGCGUCGGCAUGCUCAUCAACUCCGUGUUCGGGUUCCUGGUGCCGUUGUCGGCCAACUUCGGCAUUUUCUCCCUGAUCACCAUACGUUUCAUCCAGGGGCUCGGAGAAGGCCCCAUAGUUCCUUGUACACACGCCUUGCUCGCCAAAUGGAUCCCUCCGAACGAGAGAAGCCGAAUGGGAGCGUUCGUUUAUGCAGGUGCGCAAUUCGGAACGGUCAUUUCCAUGCCGCUGAGCGGCGUGCUCUCGGAGUACGGGUUCGCCGGCGGUUGGCCGUCCAUAUUCUACGUGUUCGGCGCCAUCGGCACCCUGUGGUCCGUCGCAUUCCUGUGGCUGGUGCACGAGGACCCUGAAUCCCAUCCAACCAUACCGCACGACGAGAGGAAGUACAUCAUCAGUUCCGUCUGGGGAGCUGCCGGUGUAUCGUCUCCCCCCGUGCCGUGGAGAAGCAUAUUAAAAUCGGCUCCGUUCUGGGCCAUAUUGGUCGCUCACAUGGGUCAAAAUUACGGGUACGAGACGCUCAUGACCGAACUCCCGACUUUCAUGAAACAAGUGUUGCACUUCAAUAUAAAAGCUAACGGAACGUACUCGUCACUGCCGUACCUCGCCAUGUGGGUGUUCUCGAUGGUGGCUAGCCACAUAGCCGAUAUGAUGAUCUCCUCGGAGAGGUUUACGCACACCACCACGCGCAAAAUCGUCAACACCAUCGGUCAAUUCGGCCCUGCGGUAGCGCUGAUUGCUGCGUCCUACACAGGCUGCGACCCGUACCUGACCGUGGCCAUACUGACGAUUGGUGUCGGCCUGAACGGUGCCAUUUACUCGGGAUUCAAAGUCAACCAUCUAGACAUAUCGCCGCGGUUCGCCGGGAUACUGAUGAGCCUGACCAACUGCCUCGCCAACCUUGCCGGACUGUUGGCCCCGAUCGUUGCCGGCUACGUCAUCGACAAAAGGCCUACCCAAGCGGCCUGGAGAGUCGUGUUCAUAACAUCGGCAUGCGUGUACAUGGUGUGCUGCUCGAUCUACGUGUUGUUGGGCGACGGCACUCGUCAGCCGUGGGACAAUCCGUCCAACGACCAGAUAAACCUGGAGCAUAAGAAGAACAAGAAGAAGAAAAAGAAGGCCAAGGACAUCGAGGACACCGUUCAAUGAGUUCCGCCCCACAACAGCCGAUCGCCGUUCGACGACCACCGCCCCAAUCCAUCCACCACAACCUCAAAAAAGCCUUCCCACCACUAGCGUGGGGGGGCAUUAUCUCAAUCGCAUACAUUAUUAUUAUUAUUAUUAUUAUUAUUAUAUAUAUUAUUAUUAUUAUUAUAAUUAUUAUUAUUAUUAUUAUUAUUAUUAUUAUUAGGAGACAACCGUAUAUGUUGGUGAUAAGAGGAUAUAAUAAUAUACGAUAAUUUCACAUGGGUGUGUGUACGUUAGAGUGUAAUUAAUGUUUUGUGAAGGAUAAAAACGAAAAGCAAAGCGCAUCUGUGAAAAGGAUUAAAUAUAUGGGAUACAUAUACACACAUAUGUAUGUGUGUGUGUAUAUGUGUUUGCAUGUAUGUAAAAACAUAUAUAUAUAUAUUUAUC